UGUUAGAAAUCCUUGGAAAACAUUGUGGAAGACCAAGAGCUUUCUUGGCUAUCUGACAUGUAAUAAUUCCUCUUUCAUCUACAGAUAUAUAUUUACUGUAUGAUCACUAGGCGAGCAGUACCACAAGGCCUCCCUUUAGGUUUGUCUAGUUCUUUGUGAUGUUGGAGAUCUCUGUUGAUGUGCUAGUUGCCUGGUCUCCACGUAUUUGGUUUGCAUGAAUCUCCUGGAUGGGGUCUUUCCCUUGAAGGGAGCUUCUAUGUUAACAAAAGGCUGAAGGCUUGCCGAACCAGUGAAGUGGACUUUGUAAGAUGAAGUGUCAAGAUACGGAUUGCAGAUGCCACCUACUGAGGCUUAGAAAACAUUUACAUUUGAGCCCCGACGCUCCCGACGGCAGCCGGCGCCCCAAGCUCAGCCCGGAGGAGGCCAUGGCGAAGUCCAGGGGUCGUCUGUACCUUUGGAUGUGUUUGGCUGCAGCGCUGGCAUCGUUCCUGGCGGGAUUCAUGGUGGGAUGGUUUAUCAAGCCUCUCAAAGAGACAGCCACUUCGGUGCGCUAUCAUCAAAGUACACGAUGGAAACUGCUGUCAGAAAUGAAAGCUGAAAAUAUUAAGUCCUUCCUGCGUUCUUUUACAAAACUUCCUCAUCUGGCAGGAACAGAACAAAACUUACUGCUUGCCAAGGAAAUCCAAACCCAGUGGAAAAAGUUUGGACUGGAUUCAACAAAGUUGGUUCAUUAUGAUGUCCUCCUAUCUUACCCUAAUGAGACAAAUGCCAACUCUAUUUCAAUUGUGGAUGAACAUGGAAUUGAGAUCUUCAAAACAUCCUAUCAUGAACCACCACCAGAUGGAUAUGAAAAUGUAACAAAUAUUGUACCACCCUAUAAUGCAUUCGCAGCCCAAGGCAUGCCAGAGGGAGAUCUUGUUUAUGUGAACUAUGCUCGUACUGAAGACUUUUUUAAACUAGAAAGAGAGAUGAGCAUCAACUGUACCGGAAAGAUUGUUAUUGCAAGAUACGGGAAAAUCUUCAGAGGAAAUAAAGUUAAAAAUGCCAUGUCAGCCGGAGCCAUAGGAAUCAUCUUAUACUCAGAUCCUGCUGACUACUCGGCCCCUGAGGUACAGCCAUAUCCCAGAGGAUGGAACCUUCCCGGAACUGCAGCCCAAAGAGGAAAUGUGUUGAAUUUGAACGGUGCUGGUGACCCACUCACUCCAGGUUAUCCUGCUAAAGAGUACACCUUCAGACUUAAUGUUGAAGAAGGAGUGGGAAUCCCCAAAAUACCUGUGCAUCCCAUUGGAUAUAAUGACGCAGAAAUGUUAUUACGCCAUUUAGGAGGAUCUGCUGCACCAGAUGAAAGCUGGAAGGGAGCUCUUAAUGUGCAUUACAAUAUUGGGCCUGGCUUUACUGGAAGUGGUUCUUCUAGGAAAGUUAGAAUGAAUGUUCAUAACAUCAAUAAAGUUACCCGAAUUUACAAUGUAAUUGGAACUAUCAGAGGAUAUGUGGAACCUGACAGAUAUGUUAUUCUGGGAGGUCAUCGAGACUCCUGGGUGUUUGGAGCAAUUGACCCAACCAGUGGGACUGCUGUUCUACAAGAAAUUGCCCAGAGUUUUGGAAAGCUCAUGAGUAGAGGCUGGAGACCUAGAAGAACUAUCAUUUUUGCCAGCUGGGAUGCAGAAGAAUUUGGACUUCUGGGUUCCACUGAAUGGGCUGAGGACAAUGUGAAAAUACUCCAGGAGAGAAGCAUUGCUUAUAUCAACUCAGAUUCAUCUCUAGAAGGCAAUUACACUCUUAGAGUUGACUGUACACCCCUUCUUUACCAAUUGGUGUAUAAACUAACAAAGGAGAUCUCCAGCCCCGAUGAUGGUUUUGAAAGUAAAUCACUUUAUGAAAGCUGGUUGCAAAAAGACCCAUCACCUGAAAAUAAAGAUUUUCCUAGAAUCAAUAAGCUGGGUUCUGGAAGUGAUUUUGAAGCUUAUUUUCAGAGACUUGGAAUUGCUUCAGGCCGAGCCCGUUACACUAAGAAUAAGAAAACAGAUAAAUACAGCAGCUACCCAGUGUACCACACAAUUUAUGAGACAUUUGAACUGGUAGAGAAUUUUUAUGACCCCACAUUUAAAAAACAGCUUUCUGUGGCUCAGUUACGAGGAGCACUGGUAUAUGAGCUUGCCGACUCUACAAUCAUUCCUUUCAAUAUUCAAGACUAUGCAAAAGCCUUGAAAAACUAUGCAACAAGUAUCUACAAUUUAUCCAAGAAACAUGACCAACAAUUGAGAGACCAAGCAGUAUCAUUUGAUUCCUUAUUUUCUGCUGUGAAAAACUUCUCAGAGGCUGCCUCUGAUUUUCAUAGAAGACUUACACAAGUUGAUCUGAAUGAUCCCCUUGCAGUGAGAAUGAUGAAUGACCAACUGAUGCUCCUGGAAAGAGCAUUCAUCGAUCCCCUUGGUUUACCAGGGAGGCAGUUUUAUAGGCACAUCAUUUUUGCUCCAAGUAGCCACAACAAAUAUGCUGGAGAAUCAUUUCCUGGGAUAUACGAUGCUAUGUUUGAUAUUGAAAAUAAAGCUGACCCUAGUUUGGCCUGGGCAGAAGUAAAGAAACAUAUUUCUGUUGCAGCUUUUACAAUUCAAGCAGCAGCCGAAACUCUGAAAGAAGUGUGAUGGGAACUCCUCAAGUAAGCAGCUAGCCAUCAAAGCUGUUGCUACAAAGUCUGAGGAUAAAAUUAAUCUUCCUUUUUAAUAAGUCAUGAUGCCAGAGUGCUCUAAAAUCUUGAAAAUCUUGCUUUUCAUGUCAUGUUUUGAAUUUAGACUUCCACCUUUGUACGCAUGUAAAGUUUUAUUGGUUCUUUAAAAAUUCACAACUGCAUCAGCAAAGUGUUAAUCUAACAAAACCCUCCUGUCAUGAUAUAAAGAGAAAGUAACAGAUUUCCUAAAAUAAACUGUAACAAAGAGCUUGAAUUCUCAAACAUUGCCAGUGCAGAUCCAAAGUGUUACAACCACUUUGGAAAACUGUUUGUCACUUUCUUUUCUUUUCUUUC